GAGCCUAUCUUGCGCAGACUGGGUAGCUUUACUGUACAUGGCCAUUAAUACCGCUGUGGAUGGAUGUAGCCGCUGUUGUGAAUCAGAAUGGCGAGGACAGCAAAUAUAACGCGCCGAGUUACCUCUGCUUGACACCAGAGCUCGCCUCUUCAACCGCCAUCGGGUCUUUUGUUUUUAUUUUUAAAUUAAGAGACGCUUCUUGAAUUCAGCCGAAUCUCGCCUUGACAAGCCCGCACCGAUGGUUUUCAUUUGACACAAAGCAGACAGGCGGCUUCUCCUAAUAAACAGUCGGGAAGAAAAGCGGGUCAUUAUGACCUUAGUAUCCGUCAAUAAAAGAAAACCACCGGAUUGCUUUUACGCGGCAGCGCUCUGCUUGCAUCUCUUGCUUUGGAUUUCGCGAUCCGUGUCCGGAGAGGAGCAGCAUCAGUUCAGCGUUGAGGGAUGGCUACAGAGGUAUGGAUACCUUCCCCACACAGAACCGGGAAUGUCUGUCCUGCGCUCAGCCAAAACCAUGCAGUCAGCCAUUGCUGCUAUGCAGCGCAUCUACGGUCUCAAUGUCACAGGGACGCUGGAUGAGACAACCAAGGAUGAUAUCACUCUAAGAUGGAUGCAGAGGCCACGCUGUGGAGUUCCAGAUAAAAUUAAAAGUGCCACAAGGUCAAGAAGGAGGAGAUACGCGCUGACAGGGCAGAAGUGGCAGCGAACGCACAUAACCUACAGCAUAAAAAAUAUCACACCAAAGGUGGGUGCCCGGGAGACUCAUGAUGCCAUCCGGAGGGCGUUUGAUGUGUGGCAGGGUGUAACUCCCCUGCGCUUCGAGGCCGUUCCAUACAGUGCCCUGGAGACUGGCAGGCGUGACGUGGACAUCACCAUCAUCUUCGCUUCUGGCUUUCACGGUGACAGCUCGCCCUUCGAUGGGGAGGGCGGAUUCCUCGCCCAUGCCUAUUUCCCAGGGCCUGGCAUCGGAGGAGACACACACUUUGACUCAGAUGAGCCUUGGACCCUUGGAAACCCCAACCAUGACGGAAAUGAUCUCUUCUUGGUUGCAGUUCAUGAGCUGGGGCACGCCCUCGGCCUUGAGCACUCGAAUGAUCCCACUGCUAUCAUGGCUCCUUUCUACCAGUAUAUGGACACAGAGAAUUUCAAACUACCUCAAGAUGACUUGCAGGGAAUCCAGAAAAUCUAUGGACCACCAGAUAAAGCUCCACAGCCCACCAGUCCGCCGCCUACAGUUCCACCUCCUCGUUUCCAUCCGCCCUCAGACCCCCGGAAACACGACCGCCAUGCAAGACCCCAUCGCCCUCCGCAGGGGUCCAAGCCGUCUAACCCCAACUCCAAACCAAACAUUUGUGAUGGAGGCUUCAACACUCUGGCCAUCCUACGCCAGGAGCUGUUUGUCUUCAAGGAUCAAUGGUUCUGGAGAGUACGGGACAAUUCAGUGGUCCCCGGCUACCCCAUGCCGAUCAACCACUUCUGGCAAGGCUUGCCUCCCAAAAUUGAUGCAGUGUAUGAAAACAGCGAAGGGAAGUUUGUCUUUUUUAAAGGAAACCGCUUCUGGGUGUUCAAGGAUCGGCAUCUUCAGCCUUCCUACCCUCAGGACAUUUCUCUGUUCGGUAGCGGCAUGCCCACACAGAGUAUCGAGACGGCCGUCUGGUGGGAAGAUGUCGCUAAGACCUACUUCUUCAAAGGAGACAGAUACUGGAGGUAUAACGAGGAGAUGAGGACGAUGGACCCAGGUUACCCUAAACCCAUCUCUAUCUGGAAGGGCAUCCCUGACUCUCCACAAGGCGCUUUUGUGGACAAGGCAAAUGGUUUUACCUACUUCUACAAGGGAAAAGAGUACUGGAAGUUUAACAACCAGCUGCUUCGCGUGGAGCCCGGCUACCCCAGGUCAAUUCUGAGGGACUUCAUGGGCUGCGACGGCCUCCCCAAUGACCCCGACUGGGGCUGGAAUCCCCCGGCGGCAGACGAAAGGCACUGUGACAACAACGACGUGGAUGUGGUCAUCAAACUGGACAGCGUUGGGGGUACGGAGAAGGCUGUGGCGAUUGCCAUUCCUUGCGUCCUGGCGCUGUGCAUGAUGGUCCUCCUCUACACCGUUUUCCAGUUCAGGAGGAAGAGCACACAGCGGCACAUACUGUACUGCAAGCGCUCCAUGCAGGAGUGGGUCUAAAGGGAUUGUUACAGUACAGAGAGCUCUGAGAAAGUUGUUACUUAAAGCCCUAUAACUUGAAGGACUGUAAAGAAGUACGGUACAUGAGGUUUGCCAUUGGGGCAGAUCUCAAGACAGCUGCAACAUGUGAACUGUGCUACAAGGAAGGGAAACUAUCAGCUGACCUCAGUAGAUGACAGUGGCAGAGCUUCAUCUUCUUUGUCCUACUAAUGUGUAUGUAUCUGCUUUGAUUUUUCUUUGGAUCUCAAAAUGAACUCAGUUAAGUGAGACAGAAAUAAUCUACUGUAAGCGGAAUCUUUGUCGAUCCCCAUUUCUGCACGCCGCUGAAAAAGCCCCUAGCACUAACUUCAGAGGACAAAUUAGAUCUAGCCUUCUGCUUUACUUAAUUCAAUCGCCCUGGGUUGUGCUUUUUUUAGUCUAGGACCCCUGUAAAACAUAAUUCACCGUGAGGAGAUACGAAUAUCGUACAUAAACCAAAUAUGACGUUUUCUUCCAAAGAGGAUUACAGCUUGAUGUUGUUUUCGAUCGGAUAUUCUUCCUCCAUGGAUCUAAUGUUUUGGAUCACACUCUGAUUUUCUUUCACCGCCACUGUUCACACCUACUCAUCUUCUCUGUAAGGACAAAAAAGAAGGAGGAAAAGAAACUCAUGACUGUUGUGGCAGUCUGUCUGCUCACCAGGGGCCAAAAUAAUAAUAAUUAAAAAAAAAAACGCACUCUGUAAUACUAAUGAGACUGCCUUAAUCACAGUUUGCUUCAAUCCUUUCUCCUUCUGUUCCCCUGGUGUGGAGGAUGGAUACUGAGUGACACAGCAGGAAGACAGAAAAUGCGUGUGAAGUCAUUACUACUGCCCAAAAUCCAACGCUAAACCAGUAGUUGAGGACAUUUCGGUCCACAGAGGAGAUCUCGAAAAUGUCAGCUGCCAAAGAUCAGCUUUCAUUUGCAGCCUCACAAGAGAGAAAGACAGAGAGUAGAUUUGUUGUGAAUUUGUCUGUAUGUACGUGUGAAAGAUUGAAUAAUCACCCUUGUUAUGUAAGUACUGAGCUCUGCUAUAAUUUAUCAUUAUCUAUGUUGAGUCACAUAUUAUUACAAUUUAGCAACCUUUUAAGUGUGCCAAGUGUUUGUGCCAGAAGAAGGCAUGGGCCGGUUCCAAAGUUCACUAAGGUUUAAAACUUCUAAAGCUUUCCAUCAAACCAGUUCUACUUUUGAAAGUCCUUUUAAUGAGACACCUGAGAAUAUGCCCGAGUGACCAGACUCACUUUUAACUUAGGCUACUACACUAUUUUCUCCCUUAGAAAAUAUAUUAAUUUGGCUGCUCUGAAAUGUUUCUUGUUGCAAAAAAAAAACCAAAAACAUUUGCACCCUUUAGUUGGCACUGAAACUAAAGCAGUGCCACUCUUCAUUAUUAUCAGUUUGAGGCUAUUCUGAAAAUCCAAAAUGGCAAACUUGGAGCAACAUGCAUGGCAAGCAAUCACCGGUAGAGCCUACCUUGUCUUUUUAAAUGAAACAUGUCCCGUAUCCUGCUUAGAUUACUGGUAUCUAAACGUUUUUGCUCCAUUGGACAAAAUGGUCAAGUGGAAAGUAGUCAUGAGCUGCAAAAUUGUAAUUUUUUAAAAUCAAAAACUAAAAAUAAUUUUGUAUUUUCUUUCUUAUAUUUAACUGCUCAAUAAUAAAACUGAAGUCCCACCGCCUAGUGUCCUUCUGUGGUGUUAAAUUUGUUCCAUUUUUAGAUUGGCAUUGAAGGCAACACAAAUUAAGACAAGUAAGAUGACAUCAUGGGAGGUCUGCAGAACAAAUAAACACUGCACAUGUUCUCUGCUGUGCUCCUGUCCUUGCACCUGCUCACCAUCUCACUUAGUGGAGUUAAAAGUAGAUGAGAAAUCUCUGCAUCAGGGGAACUUCAACUAGUCAGUCCGGACUCGUCUUUGGACUGACUUUCCAUUUCUCUGGAAAUUUGGUUUGUUCGUAUUGUUACACUUCCAGUGCCACUCUAUAAGGGCAGAAUGGACAAAAGGUAUAAUCUUCUGUACAAAAGUAUGUCUAAUAAAAACUUUGAUUAAAUUUAGGAGAUGUUUAUUUUAUAUUUUUUAAAUUCUAUGUAUUAAAAUAAAAACAAUGUGUUAAAAGCAGCUCUGGAAGACAUUUAAGAGACCAGUGCAAAGUUUUAAAUUAGCACCUUUAUGUCAGGCAGCCAUUCCAUGUCAUUUGCCAUUUUUUAAUACACGUAUUCAAAAUAAUACAUUUUGUUUCGUCAUUGAACAAUUUCACUCAAACUUAAGCAAUGUAAAUUUUGGAAUGAUCUCGUUUUUCUCCAGAGUUGUUUAUAGAUGUACAGAUAUAGACAUAAAUACAGAAAACAAUGUCAUAAAUGUAAUAGAGCUUUAUAUUAUUGUCACAUCCGUUGAAACAAGUUUGCUUUUUGUUCAAAAUAAAAUAAGUUGGAUCAGAUUUUCCAUAUUUGUUUUAAGUAUAUGUGUCUCUAUGGUGAAAUCGUGGUGUUUUACAGAGUGCAAUACAGCCAGAGUCUCAUCCCGGCCCAUGCACAACAGAGGAAAUAGCGAGCAAGAUGGGACAAGAGAAGGGGGGGAAAAAAUCUGCUUCUUUUAAUACCAGAAGCACUUAAACUUUGUCAGUUCUCUAUCUUCUUAUAAAACUUUUAAACAUUUGUUUUUUUUGUUUGUUUUUUUGGCUGAAUUCAACUGCUUUUGAGAAGAAACCCUUUUUAAGCUUUACCAGGACAUAAUUUGUUGUUUGUAAACUUACAGUUUGCUGAUUUUUUUGUGUUGGGGAAAAAUUUUAAACCAAUAUUGCCUACGUCUUCUGUUUUCUACACUGUAACCUCAAUUAGUCAUUAUAUAAACGAAUACAUAUGGUUGGUUAGAUUAACAAAUUAACAUAUUACUAAUGAAUGUUUAGAACUACUUAUAUAUAUUUUUUUGGAUUCCAAUUGCAUAUUGGAAAGUCAAAAUGAGUGAAGUUUAAUCUGAUGAACGCAAUUCUAAAGAUAUACUAUGAACCAUGACAUUUCAUAUAUUCCAUACACACGUGUAUACAACUCAACUGUAUAUGUAAAUCUUCUCUUGUUUCAGCUAACUUGAUCAGUCAAACUAAUCGCUGUAAUGAAAGAUAAACUCUCUGUUGUAAAAUGGAGUUAAAAUGAUUAGGAGUGAGAGUUUUUAAACCAUUUUUUUACGUAUUACAUGUACAGAUGCAAAUGAUAACACUCAUGAAUGCUAGUUUAAUGUCUUAUUUUGGAAUUGUCUUUGGAAUGCCAUAAAUGCAAAAGUAUUGUGGAGGUUGCAAAGAGCCACUUGGCAAAGCAAAAGUAGAAGUGCAAGAAAUUUGCUCCCUCGGUUUAAAAAAACUGGAUUCGCAAACAUUUGUGUUCAUUCAUGUUUGAAGCAGGAAUGGACUAAAAAAUAUAUUAUGAUGUCUUGUGCGAUAUAAAGGGAACAUUGUAGUGAUAUACACUCGACUCCAAGACACCUGCACCAUUAAAAGUGGAUGUAACAGGAAUUAACGUUCUACAAAAUCUCCUUUUCAACAUGCGCAGCGUUUACUACAGUAAGGACAUUGAUUGCAAAUCCUUGGAGAGAAUUUCUUAAACUGAGGGAACCAAUUGUUUGCUUUAUUGUUUUUGUUUGAAGCCCUGAGGUUCUCCAUUUAUUACAGUUGUAUGAUGUUUUUGGUAGAUGAUUUGUGAUUUCUUAAAUAUUUGUGUUCAUUGAUUUUUGUUCUAUUAAAACAGCCUUGAGCUGCAAUGUUAAGGCGAAGACGUAUUAAAUCAGAAACUGAAGAUGUCCUAUAUCAGUUAUCAAGAGGAGCUCUGGGUGAACUGUGGCUGAUGACUUAGACAUUUAGCUUAUCAUUUGUAAUACAUACAAUUUACAUACAGUAAAAGCUAAUGCAUGCAGAUUUGAAUUGAGAUAAUAUUUGUCAACCUUGAAUUGCUCUUCUACCUGUCUUUAUCUGAGGGGUUAAAUGACAGGACUGCAUAAGCAGGUUUCUCUUGGGUGUUUGAAAGGAUUUGAAAUAGUCAUUAUUUGACUUUUGUAAAAGUUUCCUUAUUGCUAUUCAAGUUUUCAUCAGUAAAUCUAUAAACAAUACAUGAAACCAGUAGAAACAGUGUUUAGAUCUACAGUUUAGAUCUACCCACAUUGACCAGUGUAACUUGGAGAUGGGGCAAAGCCUUUACUAGGUGUUGUGCUUGAUGUUGUGUGAGUUUGUUUACUAAUGGUGAGGGCUCGUGAGAGUAUGAGUUACACAUGACUGAUAAGGAGACUUUGUACUGUAUAUCUUUGCAAUUAUCGUUCCUCAAGUCUUGCAUUGCAUUAAGGGCAAGAAUCUGUCGAUAGAAUCCAGUUUAAAACGUUUUACUUUAGUUUGACAAACUCUAAGUAAUUGUCUAUAAAGUUAUACCAUGGUCUACAAUUAUUUUUAUUUCCUUGUAGCUCUAACUCACUUAGAGUUAGACAGUUUUCUUGCUUUAUUUCGAAGUCUGACUAAUUCCUGUCUUGAUGUAUCAAUCUUGGCUGACUCUUUAGUGAUCUUUCUUUUUUUUCAAGUCUGUCUUGACACUUGCUGCUAAGCAUUAGGGCUAAUUUGGAGUGACAUUAAAGGAAGCAGAGGGGACUGAUCGGACAGCAGUCAGUACACCAGAGAGGGUAAAGAAGAAAAGACAAGGAGAAAUCUCUGCACUCUAGAUGCUUUAUGCAGAUAUGUGAAGUUUAUUCUCACAGACAAACUGUAUAAGAUGUUAACAUGAUUGCAUUAUAUGUAUAUAGUGUACAAGCCAGGCUAUUUGCUGUCUGUUUUGGACAUUUUCUUUCUUUUUUUGAUCAACUCCAUGGAUAAAGAAGAUUAUUUGUGUUGUAAAUAAAAGAGGUGCAUAAUA